CCAUCGUCACCCUGGACCCCGACACUGCGCACCCCGACCUCGUCCUCUCCGAGGAUCUCAAGACCGUGCGACGCCACCUCAGCCUCUGCCCCCAAGGAGGGAUUUGGGGGGUAGAGAAAUGGGGGGGCCAAAUUCGGGCCCUCACCACCCGCAAGGUCACCCUCGUCCCCCUGCGUUGGGUGCCCCGAAGGGUCAGCGUCCACUUGGACUACGCGGGGGGGACGGUGGCGUUUUUCGACGCCGACGAGGGGGGGCUCAUUUUCGUCUUCUCCCGCGCCGCCUUCACGGGGGAGAGGCUCCGGCCUUGGCUUUGGGUGGUGGGGGCCAGGUCCCAGCUCCGCUUGUGCCCGUGA